ACAAGUAGAAUGGUUGGCUGUAUAAAGUCUUUUUUGAUGUAACAGCUAACAACCUAACACUAUUUAGCCAAUUUAGUAAUUUACUACGGUGUACUCAAAAGUCAAAACUGCAAACUAGCUUCGUGUUCAGGGUAAGGAAGCUUGUAUUUUAAAAUUUAAUUUAAAAUGCAAAGAUCAAAAUAGGGGAAAAGAGAAAAAGAAUCAUCUAAAAGAAAGCUUGUAUUUCCCUGUAUUGAUUCCGAUUCCUUCACCGUCGUCCAAUAGCCGUUAGUUUCACCGCAUCAGUCAUCACAAUUGCCCCACCCUCUCCGGAAAACCGUCAACCAAGCCGACCUACACUUCAUUCUCCUAUACCUCCCCUCACCUGAUUUAAACCCCUGCGUCACUGUCCAUUCUCCAAGUGAGCGUUAUUGAGGAGAGAGAAAACUGAGGAGGGCAAAAAUGGAAGGAAGAUUGGUCACAGUGGCUGCUCUCCAGUUCGCUUGCUCUGAUGACGUCUCUCUAAAUGUUGCCACCGCUGAAAGGCUUGUGAGAGCUGCUCAUAAAAAGGGUGCAAAUAUUAUCCUUAUCCAGGAACUCUUUGAAGGUUAUUACUUUUGUCAAGCCCAAAGGGAAGAUUUUUUCCAGAGAGCCAAACCGUACAAGGGCCAUCCAACAAUUGUUAGGAUGCAGAAACUGGCAAAAGAGCUGGGGGUAGUGAUACCGGUUAGCUUCUUUGAAGAGGCGAACAAUGCUCAUUAUAAUUCAGUUGCGGUUGUUGAUGCUGAUGGAACUGAUCUUGGACUUUAUCGCAAGUCUCAUAUACCAGAUGGGCCAGGUUAUGAGGAGAAAUUCUAUUUCAAUCCCGGUGACACUGGCUUCAAGGUCUUCCAAACGAAAUUUGCCAAAAUUGGAGUUGGAAUCUGUUGGGAUCAGUGGUUCCCGGAGACAGCCCGAGCAAUGGUACUUCAAGGUGCAGAGAUAUUGUUCUACCCCACAGCAAUUGGUUCUGAACCCCAAGAUGAAGGACUUGAUUCUCGUGAACACUGGAAGCGAGUGAUGCAGGGACAUGCAGGCGCUAAUUUGGUACCAUUAGUGGCUUCUAAUCGCAUUGGAAAGGAGACAAUUGAGACUGAGCAUGGUAAAAGUGAGAUCACCUUUUAUGGGAACUCCUUCAUAGCAGGCCCCACUGGAGAAAUUAUUGCUACUGCUGAUGACAAAGAGGAAGCAGUCCUUGUUGCUCAAUUUGAUUUGGAGAAAUUAAAGUACAAGAGAUGUAGCUGGGGAGUAUUUCGAGAUCGUCGUCCAGAGUUGUACAAGGUGCUCCUUACAUUGGAUGGUGGCAAUACCUAUUCAUGAAUUUCCUUCUUUUUUUAUAUAAUAAAAUAAGUUUCCUUCUAAAAAAUGAAUAAAUCCCUUAUGCCGACUUACAAUAGGCGGGUAGUAUUAACAAAUUUUUAAACGAUCCGUAAGUGACGUCAUGGAUAAACUUAUAGAUGAUACUUUCAGGGGUUUCCUCAUGUUGAUGCACUUUCAAAUAUUUGAUUGAAAUUCAUGAUUUGCUAUUCCAUUCAUUUAAUAUC